AUGGCUGGGUUAAUAAACGAGCUCCAAGAUGGCAUGCGUCACGCAUGUACAUAUUUCCUCACCACAGCAGUCAUGAUACUAGCACCAUCCUAUCUUCCACAAUUCAACUCCUCAGCCAUUCAUAAUGGCAUGUGUCCUAAAUGGCUGGAUUUCUACAUCAGACUCAUACCAAUGAAGACAGCAAGUCUACAAUUUCUGAAGUAUCACUUCAGACUGAAUUCCCGUUCAGCGUCUACAGGAACCUGUUCAACAUCUAUAGGAGCCUAUUCGGCAGCUGUGCAACACAAGUGCGAAACUUGGUUAAGGGGGCAAGACCCCAACUUCAUUCUGACACCAUCACUGAAGUCCAUUGGCCCCUCAUUCCACCUGUCAAGCACAUGGGUCCCACCUGGCGUUCAAGAGGCCCUUGAUAAGGCAUGCCAUUUAGAACUUCACUCUCAGGCAGGACUCGUGGCAAUGUACCUUGAUAUAUUGGAAGGUUACCAUUCUCAUCAGUGCAAUCCUGAGUUAGAGUUACAUCACUUGCAUGUGAAGAUGUGUUGCGCCAAAGCUGAAGUAGAAGUUUAUGAACUGGCGAUUGAAAAUGUGCCUGCAUCCAACUACUCUGACAGCAACACCGCCCUUAAGGGAGAUGAGGCGCCUGGCUAUGCGUGGUUGAAUGGAUUCACAUCAGUUCUUUUCACAUGGACAUUUUACAAGUUAUCACACACGUAUCUUUAUGCUCUUUCCUACUGGCUGCCAUGA